CUCAUGGUCUUGCAAUUCUCACGCGAUUGGAACACAAUGUGACUGUAACAGAAGCCAAAAAACACUGUCAAUUUGAUGUGAGAUAAAAAAUCAUCAUUGUUUCGGAACUUUUCGUGCUCAGUGAGUCACUGUUUUGGACAUGGUUUCGUCAACAGCAUAGAGCCAACACAGCCAUGGGUGGUUUAUACAUGUAUCCUGUAUUUGACAUUGACUAGUGGGCAGUCACUAUGACAACUAUGCUUACAGAAGCACCCAACAUGGAGGAGUUCCAAAACUCCCAGCGGUUUGUAAAGGCAGUCAAACUGAAUUAUGACAUUGGAGGCGAACUCCUGCGACAGAUUGUUAAACAUAAACUUUCGGGUAUGAGUCAGCCUUUAGAUCAAUUUUUACAUCCAUACCAGAGGAAGUUUAACGACGACCGUCGAAAGAGAAUAUUGAGUAAAUAUCAAGUAAGCCUCCUGAAUUCAAACACUGUCUCUUUGGACAAAAUGGACCUUACAAUGCUGACCUAUCUCUUGCUAAAUAUUUUUACAAUAUCAACGCAAAAUGAGAAAGACAUUAAUGAACUGCGAAAUUGUAGAAAUGAACUUGCUCAUAACACAGAUGCUCACCUGAAGACUGAUGAUGUUUUCAACAGAACAUUUGAUACACUGAAAUCCAUAUGUGUCGAUCUUGAUCGCAUAUUGACAACCACACACCCUGGGGUUAAUGUUUCAACAUAUACGCAUCAGCUGGUUUGUGGUGUUAAAGAGCUAGAGAAACAGAACCUUGUCUCUCGUGUCAGUCAUCGUUUUCGCAUACAACUCUGCACAGAAAAGUUAAUGAAUGAACUUUUUGAGAAAAAUGAUAGUUUGAGAAAAGAUGACUGUUUAGAAACCAAAUACCAGAUAAUUGUGGGUGCUGGUUGUAUUGGAAGAUAUGCAGAGGUGGACGUUCUUGUUGAAAAAUUACGGACUAAGAAAAUUGUGAGCCAUCAGAAAAAGCUUGAAAUCCAACAGGAGCAUAACAAUGAAGAAAAGGCGUUCCUCUUGGUGUUGGAUAUUAUAAAGGAUACUGAUGAAAAUGUAUUGAAGUUCCUGAAGUGUUUACAGAAGGAUUAUCCAAUUGUUGCAGAAUGGAUAACAGGGGACACAGAUGAUAAAGAUAUAGAUAACAAACUGAGAGAUCUAGAGAAGGUACAUAUCAAGAAAAUUAUUGAAGAUGGUAUUGAAACUGAUGGAUCAAAGUGCAUUUCUGGGGAAGACUUGCAUGUUUAUGUGGAGGAGAACCGCAAAUGCUGUGUGACUUUUUUGAACGUCAAGGAAUGCAUCAUCUCAACUUUUCCAGGUGCUAUCUUCGUUGAAAAAUCAAACAGAUUUUCGGGCCUUUCUUGGAAAUCAUGUGUGACCAUGUUUGAUGAAACUCAUCUACCAGAUGUCGGACCUUUAUCUACCAUGGCUUGUGAAGAAUUCUCAAAGUAUUUGGAAGUUGAAGUUCGAAAGAACAUCACUAAAGAUCCUUCUUUAGGUUUUGCAAUCACUGAUGUCAUUAAAAGUGAAAGCAUUUCACUUCAAUUCUUUGUAGACAGGUUGGACAUUGUUGAAGAUGAAUUAAAAAAAGAAUUCAAUUUGAGGGGACUGAAGUAUGGUGCUGGAAUUAGUGGGGGGCUUGAACGAAUCCGAAAUGAUAUAAAAAAAAGACUAAGUGUUAGUGGAACUGAAUGUGAAAGUGAUUUUCGUCCUUUUGGAAGGUCAUCUGGCAACUUUGCCUAUAAAAAUGGUAAAGUUAAACAAGACAAAAUAUCAAUGUUGACCCCAGUGCAUCACUUCAUCAUGCCUAAGCAAGAAAAACAAAUGCAUAAAUCAUUUUUUGCUGCUGAAGUCAUAAAAUUUGCCGCAGCAUGCAUUAAUGGGCUUCAGAACGGAACAGUUCACUUUGGUAUUAAAGCUCUGGAGAAUAAUGAAGGUCUGAUUGUUGGUUUACGAAAAACUGAAUUCUCACCACAUACACUAAUAGCUGAAAUAGAGAACUGCCUACAUCACUGCUUCGAGGGACCAUGCUUUGAACAGCGAAUAUUUGAAAGAGCUAUUCAAGCAGUUGUGAUUGUGCCAUGUGAGGAGAACAGUUUUGUAGUUGAAGUUGAUAUAAAUCCAUCGUUUAUAUUCAUGAAGAAUACACCUAUUACAUUAUUGUUUCCUCCGCAUGGCGAACAGGAAAAUAAAUUGUUUAAAUACAUAGUUAGACAUGGAAUCUACAUUUUGGAGGUGAUAGACUCCAAAAAGGCAGAUUGCCUGAAAACAGAAAUGAAGGAACUAUUGCUUGCAAGAAAAAUAUUGGAAAUGGCUGUUUUAAAACCUGAAAAAGGUUUAAGUAAUACAGGAGCACAACUACAGAAACGUUUGACUGCUGGGAAUAGGUAUGUGACUGAUCAGAUGGUGCCUCAUAUUAUAUGUGGUAAAUAUUCAAGUAUUCCAAAUUCAGACAAAAUAUUCGACCACAUAAGGGUUGCAUUUUUGUCCUCACCAGUAGUUUUUGACUUCGAUCCAUCAACAGUUUUGAUUAAGAACAUUGAGAAAGAGGAUAACUACUUUGAUGUUCUGGUUGCAGAUGAUUACAAACCAGAAAAGUGUCCUCAAAACAUUGGUUCAGGCAAUCAUUGGAUAUAUUGCAAUGGAAAUGUUGAGUGCAAAUUGCAAUCCUUUCCAAUAUCUGAAUGGCUUUCAGAAAGAUAUCCUUUUGUAAAAUGUUCUCUUGAAGAAUCAUUCAAGGUUAAUUCAAGCAAUAGAUCAAUUGCUUUGUUUUUGGUUUUUGAAUCACUUUUAAAGACAGAUUCACUGUACCAGAUUGCUUUUGACUGCUGCCGCUGGUAUCCAUACAACACUGUAGUAAUAUCGGACACAGAAGAACACUUUUCUCAACUCAGGAAAGAUCUUGAACCAAUUACAGAGCCUCAAACUCUAAAUCAGAUAUUUUUUUCUGGUCUUCCAUGGAUGGAUGUGGCUAGUGAAGUGCUUUCACCAAUCUUUCCUUGUGUUUCUGGCAGUGUUUGGAGACUUCCCACCAGUUCAGGGACAGUUGUCACAUUGACACAGAAUGAGAGAAAAACCAUGAAACUAUGUGACAUAGAGAUUCUAAGUUGUGAAGAAUGUAAGCUAGCUUUUGAGGAAAUGGAUAAGACUUUACAGGAUGAUACCUUCUCAAAGGAGGAAAAUGCAUUUUAUAAAGGCAGCGAAGCAUCGUGGUGGAAUUUCUAUUUUGAUGUUCAUGUUUGCCAACGUGAUAUUUUUGAAAAUAUAACAAGUACAGUUCAGGAGAAGAUAGAUAAUGGUAAAAAGAGAGUUGAAGUUCUAAAAAUAUUCCAUCAACCAGGGGCUGGUGGAACCACUCUUGGCAGACAUGUUCUUUGGCAUUUCAGUCAGUGUAAGGAAGAUUUGUCCAAGGUAUACAGGUGUUGUGUCAUAAGAAAUGUCAUUGAAAACGAUUCAGCGGAUCAAAUUCUAAAACUUUGGUCUUUCAAAGACAAAAACAAAGAUGAAAGGAAUCCAGUGAUUGUUUUGGCAGACAAUAUCCCAGAAGAAUCUUUGGUAAUUCUCAUUGACAACUUGAACGACCUUGUUUACCGUCAUGCUUCUUCACAUGGGAAAUUAUUGUGCUUGUUGAUUGUUGUGGCAAGAAUUUGGGAGUCUAAAGGAGCAUCUGUUGUUCUGAGACAGGUGCUAUCAGAUAGGGAAAUAUUAUGGUUUCAGGACCGGUCACAAUCUUUGGAGAAGAAAAAGAGCAAGAAACAAAUUGAAUCUAUGAUAGCAUUCAAUGUCAUGAAAGAAGGAUUCAGUGAAAAAUACAUUAACGACACCACACGAGGCAUUAUGAAAGGUCUUAAAAGAAAAGAGGAAAAACUAGUUCAACACCUGUCGUUCCUUAAUUCUUAUGAACCUGAUGUUGCAGUUGGACCGGAUAUAUUUGAUGAUCUAAUGAGGAUAGAAACAUCAACACGUUCUAAGUGGACCAUUAAAGAAUUGAAAGAAGUAGGAGCCCCAGUUGGACUUGUUGGAUCUCAGAGGAGAUUUCCAUACAGGCAAACCUGGAAUGUGGAAUCUUCAGAGUUUUUAGAACUUCUUAUCAAACACAGUUCAAAUGGUGGUCGAAAUCAAAUUUCAAUUGUGUCACCACUGAUUGCUAAGGCAAGCCUUCAGUAUAUAAUGGAGAAGGAAAAUUUAGACCUUAAAAAAGUUGUUUCAGAGUUUUUGUCUUUCUUUGAUACUCAAUUUAAAAAUGAACCAAGCUCUGACUCCAACAAUAGAUUAAGAAAAAACGUUUGUGAUCUUUUCUGUCAUCGACAACAGCGACGUAUAACACCUUUUAGAGAUGGUAAAAGUGCAUUUUCCAAUCUUGUGACUGAACUUUCAGAAGUUAAUAAACGGGAAACAAGUGAAGAAGCAUUUAAUAGAACCAAUGACUUGAUGAGUUAUUGUUUUCAGAUAACAAAUGAUUCUUAUGUUGCUCAACACAGGACAAGGUUAUGCAAUCAUUUUAAAGAGUUUCAAAGUGCUAAAGAGGCAAUAACACUUGCUUUGAAAGGGUCUGAAAAAAUACCCAUUUUAUAUGAUACUUUUGGUCAUAUAUACAAAAAAGAGCUCCAAGAUAAAUCUAAAAAAUCAAACACAGAUCCAAAAGAACUUAUUAAACUUGCUUGCAAUGCGAUAGCAAAGUUUCGAGAAGCUCAGCAACUUGGGAGAAAGGAUAAUUUAGCAUUUUAUGAACAGGAGAUUUCUGUUGCCUUUUUAAUUUUGGAUGACUUGAAAACAAAGUACAAGGAGCCUUUUUUGAAAGCCAUCAAUGGUUUUUCACAUGAAAAAAGCAUGCCUGAACUAUAUCCAGAAAUAAACAGUUUUUGUAAUGGUAGCGAAAUGCAAAGUCAUAUUAAAGCAUCCCUUCAGCAUAUUGAGGAUGUGUUUACAAUGACAAAACAGCCAUUCCAUUUAAGUUCGGCACCUGAAACAGCAAUAAGAAUACAAAGCAUGAUAAAUAAAUUUGAGAGCAUUUACACGACAGAUUUUGCUAGUUCAUCAGCUGUUGAAUCCACAAUAAGUUGUUCAUUUACAGGGAUGAGAAAUCUUUAUGACGAAGAUCAGAACAAACUAGCUAAUAGGGUGUAUAAAUUAGAGUUCAAUUUUGAUGCAAGUGGAAAAAGACUUGAGAAUAAUUUAAAGGUUAUUGUUGGAUACUACAUAAUACACUAUUCUAUGAUUUCCUGUCCAAAAUUUGAUGAAAAGAUACAAUUUGACUAUCGGAAACUAUUGAACUUCAGUGAAAUGUUGUUAAAAUGUCAAAAUGAAAGAAUGGGUAUGAACAAUUCAGUGGAAAAUUUAGAACCAUAUUUGUAUUUUGCAUUGUUGCAUUGGCCACUGCCCAAAAGAUUGCAUGUGCAUAAACAAUACAUUUGUCGGCCAGAGUAUUUGAAAAUGACAUUGAAUAGAUGGCAAGAGUUGUAUGAUCAAAAGUUUGAUACAAGCAAGAAAGGUGAUCAAAGUAAAUUGAGCCUUAAGGCAAAAACAUUUUUUGCUCUAGCUAGAGGGCAACCUGGUGGAGAUUAUGUACAUACAAAUAAAAUAAGGUCACAAUGGCGCAUUGGGGCUGAUGCGCAAGGACGGAAAAGAAGGGAGGUAAAAAGGGAUGAUAUCUGGAAUCACAAACUUGGGCUAGAAACCUUCAUCAGGAUAUCAGGUGUUGUAGACGGAUCUGGACGUAAUAUUGAUCACUCGGUCGAAUAUGAUGCAGACAAGAUUUUCCAAUACCGCAUACCAUCUGGUGAAGAUUGUUUUGAUUAUCGCAACAGGCGUGUUACCUUUGUUUUGGGGAUUUCCUGGAGAGGUCCAGUUGCCUAUGAUGUGAAGUUGAAAGAAGAAGGGAUUGAUGAUGACGUGUGUCAAAAAGUUGAAUCAGCAAGUCUUGUACAUAUGGACAAUCCCACUGGAGUUGGUUGUGGAAUAGAAGAAGGGAUUGAUGAUGACGUGUGUCAAAAAGUUGAAUCAGCAAGUCUUGUACAUAUGGACAAUCCCACUGGAGUUGGUUGUGGAAUAGCACCACUGACCGAACAUGCGUCCCCAUCCAUAUCUUUUACUGAACCUGGCCAGUUUCAAGACCAACUUGCAGGAAAGACACAAGCAAACCCUGUUAAAACAAGUAAUUUCACACAAGCCGUGAAGACAAACUUGACAAAUGUUCCCCCCUCAGAUGCUUAUUCUUCACAAACUGACAGUGUUGGAGCUAAAAGACACAUAGUUUUAGCUGGAGUCAAAGAUUCCAGUUGGUUGCCUACUGUUCCCAGUACACACGAGUCCAGCUCUAGUAUUGUAUCUGGUGCAUCAACUGUGAUAGGACGUGGAAGAGGUCGUUCCCGGGGAUAUCCUGUUGUACACAAACCUGAGGAAGUUGCAACAAGGCCUGGUAGAUCUUCUCCAGCAUUGAAGCCAACAGGGCAAGGAGUUGGUGGACUAUCUACGGAGUCUAAGCAGCAACAACAGGAAAUGAUCUCAUCCUCGGUUUCUUCAUCAGAGGACGGGUCGGGAAACAUGGGUGCCAUGAUGAACAUGGUGUGUGGUCCUGGUUUCAUGAAUGGUCCCAUGUUCAACCCCAUGAUGAUGCAGGCAGGAAACCAGUUCAUAAUGCCAGGCAUGCUGGGAGGAGGGAACCAGAUGAAUCCAGGCAUGGGCAUGAUUGGACCCUGCGUAGGCCUGGCAGGGAUGCAGCAUCCCAACAGCAAUGGCAGAAUGACGACCCAUACCCCAAACAGCAUGGGAUCUCAAGUGGACCAAUCGAUGCUUGGUAUGCCAGGAAUAGGGAACCAGGGACCAAUAGUUGCUGGGCAGCAGGGCCCCAUGACAUUGAACGCAAUGAUGGGUCAACCAAACCAGCUUCCAUCUGCCUUAAUUGUGUCCAAUGGUCAGAUUGUUCCUGUGGUUACCAAUCCAGGAUCCCAUGGUGGAAUGCAGGAUCAGAUGCCAAGGAUUUCUGAACCACAUGUGCAGACAGGACUAUCUACGGAGUCUAAGCAGCAACAACAGGAAAUGAUCUCAUCCUCGGUUUCUUCAUCAGAGGACGGGUCGGGAAACAUGGGUGCCAUGAUGAACAUGGUGUGUGGUCCUGGUUUCAUGAAUGGUCCCAUGUUCAACCCCAUGAUGAUGCAGGCAGGAAACCAGUUCAUAAUGCCAGGCAUGCUGGGAGGAGGGAACCAGAUGAUGCCAGGCAUGGGCAUGAUUGGACCCUGCGUAGGCCUGGCAGGGAUGCAGCAGCCCAACAGCAAUGGCAGAAUGACGACCCAUACCCCAAACAGCAUGGGAUCUCAAGUGGACCAAUCGAUGCUUGGUAUGCCAGGAAUAGGGAGCCAGGGACCAAUAGUUGCUGGGCAGCAGGGCCCCAUGACAUUGAACGCAAUGAUGGGUCAACCAAACCAGCUUCCAUCUGCCUUAAUUGUGUCCAAUGGUCAGAUUGUUCCUGUGGUUACCAAUCCAGGAUCCCAUGGUGGAAUGCAGGAUCAGAUGCCAAGGAUUUCUGAACCACAUGUGCAGACAGGACUAUCUACGGAGUCUAAGCAGCAACAACAGGAAAUGAUCUCAUCCUUGGUUUCUUCAUCAGAGGACGGGUCGGGAAACAUGGGUGCCAUGAUGAACAUGGUGUGUGGUCCUGGUUUCAUGAAUGGUCCCAUGUUCAACCCCAUGAUGAUGCAGGCAGGAAACCAGUUCAUAAUGCCAGGCAUGCUGGGAGGAGGGAACCAGAUGAUGCCAGGCAUGGGCAUGAUUGGACCCUGCGUAGGCCUGGCAGGGAUGCAGCAGCCCAACAGCAAUGGCAGAAUGACGACCCAUACCCCAAACAGCAUGGGAUCUCAAGUGGACCAAUCGAUGCUUGGUAUGCCAGGAAUAGGGAGCCAGGGACCAAUAGUUGCUGGGCAGCAGGGCCCCAUGACAUUGAACGCAAUGAUGGGUCAACCAAACCAGCUUCCAUCUGCCUUAAUUGUGUCCAAUGGUCAGAUUGUUCCUGUGGUUACCAAUCCAGGAUCCCAUGGUGGAAUGCAGGAUCAGAUGCCAAGGAUUUCUGAACCACAUGUGCAGACAGUGAAGUAUUCCAGUUGGUUGCCUACUGUUCCUAGUACACACGAGUCCAACUCUAGUGUUGUACCUGGUGCAUCAACUGUGAUAGGACGUGGAAGAGGUCGUUCCAGGGGAUAUCCCGUUGUACACAAAUCUGAGGAAGUUGCAACAAGGCCUAGUAGAUCUUCUCCAGCAUUGAAACAAACCGGGCAAGGAGUUGGUGCACCACUGACCGAACAUGCGUUCCCAUUCGUAUCUUUUACUGAGCCUGGCCAGUUUCAAGACCAACCUGCAGGAAAGACACAAGCAAAACCUGCAGAACAUGGUGUGCAGACUGACAUAGGAAAUGUGGCUCCAUCAGAUGCAUAUUCCUCGCAUACUGGCAGUGGUGGUGCAAAAGGGAACAGAACUCUAAUGGAAGAAGAAAGCAAUGCCUCAAAUGAUGCCAUACCAAUACGGAAUACCGGUAGGAGGCAACGGAAAAAAGAAAAGAAGAAAGAAAAGAAAAAAUGAAAGAACUUAAUUUGGAUGUACAUAGUUCAAAUGGAAACAGAUUUGUAUGCCCCCAGAUCGAAUGAUCAGGGAUAUAUUGUUUUUGGUCUGUCUGUCUGUCUGUCCUGUCCUGUCCUGUCCUGUCCUGU